UCCACAACAGUUUGUAGUAAACAUAUCAUCGUGUUUAGGACGUACUUUGGAUUACAAAGGCUAUCUUCUACCAGAUGAGAAUACUAUACAAAAUGAAUGUUUCAGCAUGGCGCGGUCAGUAUCCUUUGGCUUAGCAUCAUAUACAUUCAGUUUCAGCAGUACACCAAGCAGUAACUGUACAUCAACAAUUUCGAUAAAUGACACUUACGUAACCUACAGUGUUUAUGUUAUAUUUCGAUACAUACCAGACAGUUUGGUCAUUCUUCACAAUGACAUCGUAGUGAACUAUACUUGCUCUUACCCCCUAAACAUGAACUCGAGCCUUGAUGUUGGUCUAAAUCCAUUCAUAAGUUCUUACAAUAUAACUGUUGUUGGAUCUGGGACCUACACUACUACAUUGCAGCUGUUUAAGAACUCUGAUUUCACAGGGCCCUACACAUCAUCAGACCUGCCACUGUAUUUAACAGUAGAAACACCUUUGUACAUUGGAGCCAAUGUUCUGGGAGCAGAUCCACAAAAGUUUUCUGUGAGGAUAGAAUCCUGCUAUGCAACUCCAUCAAAUAACUCAGAUGACCCAGUAAAAUACAACAUUAUUUCUAAUGGUUGUCCAUUACCAGGAUCUACUGGAGUUGUGUUUUAUAAAGAUGGCGAUGGCCUUCAGGCACAGGUUUCCAUGAAGCUAUUCAAAUUUACUAGCUAUUCAAUGGUUUACUUGCACUUUUCAUUUGCCCUCUGCAGUGGAACAUGUGUUCCGAACUGUGGAAGCAGAGAUGGUAAUGAUGACUCAGUGAUAGGAGUAUCAAAUUCGAAACCAGAAGGACCUUUUAUUCGAAUUGAUUCAACAGGAGCUGUUUCUGCAGCCACCUAUGUGUUCCCAUGGGCUUCAGCAGUAUGGAUAAUUGUGGCAUUGAUAAAAUCCAUGUAACCCUCAAAAGAUCUCAGUGGACGAUAAUGAAGAAACAUUUCACCCGUUUUUGUUUUCCCUCAUUAACUAUAGCAAUUCUCUUGCAUAGAAUAUGUAUCACUUUUAUGCUGGGACUAUCAUUGCUUUCAGUCUAACAAUGUUGAAUAUGAAUAGAAAUGGGAGCUGCAAUAACAGCAUUGCAAACUAUAGCACAGAGCUGAUAAAAUAUUACAAUGGUACAGCUGCCAAAAAUGUGAUAAAGCAGGGGUAAAAUGAAUUAGAUUUGGUCACUAUGGAUAAGUGAUGUAAAAACUAAAGACCGGUAUAUUUUCUCUUACAAAAAUUUCCAUCAAGAUGUGUAACUAUCAAAUGUACAAGAAAUUACAUCAAAUGGCAUAGCAAAUAACCACACAUGAUCACAGGAUACAUUACAGCAAUUUUACUAAAGCAUACAAAACAUCUGUUCAGUAGAAAGUCAUGGGCAUUCAGAAUCACCGUAUAGCUGAAACAUCUGAUGUUCUUAAGGGUCAUUUACAUAUAUCCUAUAUGCCUUUAAUAGAAGAGGUUUGAGGAAUCGCACAGUGGACAUUCUAGCUUGGCUAGAAUUUUCUUUUAGUUUUUACUGAUUGUAUUUCUUUUUAUUCAUUGUUUUAGGGUUAGGAACCACUCAACACCAGCACUCCAGAACACCCAUGUGGGGGGCUUAAUUGUGUAAUGCAAUAGGAAUCAUUUCUACAGAGAAAUGUUUAGUGUAAAUUUCUCCGAAGAACCACAGUUCCAGGCAGCACAGCUAAGAUAGCGCUUCUGAAACAAAGCUUCUUCUAUUUGACACAAUCUUUGUACAUUUGCAUGGAUCAUUGAUUUACACAAAUGUAUAACAACUUUAUAAAGUAACUUUCUAAAGCUUACCUAAUGAUAAUCACAUCCAGUUUGUCUUUCUACUGUCCUUGUCUAAAGUAUUUGUUGACAUUUGAGAUCUGGCUUUUGAAAAAAAAGGAUGGGGUUCAUGUUGGAAUGCACUACAAUACUAGUUAUUGAGUUGUUGCGAUGCAUGAGAUAAGAACCCACAUUUAAACAGCAUGAUAGGAAGGAAACAUGAGUGUCAAAGAAGGCAGGAGUAUGGCAUUGAAUUGAGAAAGAUGGCUACAAUGAACAUGAUACCCUGACCUCAUGUAGAAAAUGGGAAAAAGGGGACUGAUGAUGAUGAUGAUAGGGAGGAAACUGGUAAUGCUGUGCAUGGCUCACAUUGCCGAAAUUCCCAUUAUUCAUUGGUAAAGUGGUAUUUAUAAAGUUUUUGCUUUACAGCUUGCUUUUCAUGUUAGAGUAAAUACCUUUAAGAACAUAUUAACUGUAGAAAGCUAUACAAUGUAAUUAUUUUGUAACAACUGAAUAUAAAUAGUUACAUAAUAUACUGUUAGUGGUGAUCCGGAUGAAUCAAACACUUAUUUUAAACACUAGUUUCUCUGUGAAUUCAGUUGCUCCUAUGUUUCGCAUC